AUUUGUUUAUUUGGAUAAAUAAUAGAAUUUAACCUUCAGGAGGCAGCAGUGUCUGCCUGUAAGUUCUGUUAAUUCCUAUAUCAUGAAUGUGGAUGAAGUAGAUGAUUAUAUUCAUGAAAAAUUUCAUCGAGGAAGAGGAAAAUGCGGAAUAUACGCUCGCGAAUCAGAUGUCUACGUCGUGGUGAAACAAAAAAUCACUGCUGCCCACAGUCCACCUGUUACCACCGUGCUGGCUCAAAGCAUGGACUCGGUUCACAUAAAACAUGAUAUUUGGUUUCACAUAUCCAUGUAUAUUGCCCCUGAAGACGUCCAGUCCUUCGCUCUGAUUUGCAAGCAGACAGCCAAGUUAGUCAAUACACGAGCAUUCUGGCGCAAUUUGUACACCCGAUACUGCCUUUCUGCUACGGGAACAGCCUGGAAUCUGGAGCUACCCACUCAACUCCAGCUGGACCAGCUCCGUAACUGUGAUACUAAAGCUUUGCGGUCGCUUGUUGUCGAAUCACUCUAUCAUUGCUACCGCCCCUUAAAAGAGCGCAUGGAUCUAGGCUAUAGCCUCGAUUGGUUGCUGCAACGUCAGUUUAUGUCCUGCUGGCAAAUACAGUACCAAUGUCUGUGGAUUGUGUGUUACAAGUUGUGGAAUCAAGAGACGAGACUUGAGGAAAUCCCUCUGGAGCAAAAUGUGGCUGCGGAUAUUGUGAGCGAUUGGGAAACUCUUGUAGAUAAUUCUGAGCCCAUUGUUAAAACUACUGGCAAUUUGAACGAAGGUGUUGUUCUAUUAAUUGUUUUAUGCCGCCAAUUUGUGCCCAUACCAGCACAGCUUUCUUACAGUUCCCAUCAAGCUCGUUACUUUCUAAAGGCAACCCGUGAGCUACUUUCCACCGAUAUGCGUGCCACAAACCUGGAACUGGACUUUGCCGAAGGCGGCACCAGCAAUAACUUCAAUAGUAACGUGACUGUGAAAUACACGAAAAUAGCCAAGUACAGAGUUCUGCCCUGGUGGCAUCCAGACUUUAAAAGAUUUGUCAAAUGAUAAUAUGGUCCAGAUUUAUGUGAAAAUUACAGUUUUAAGACGCAAAACGUUAUACAAAUUCAGAAAAUGUAACAUACCCGCUACAUUAGCUGGCUAAUUCUAAUUUAUGUAAAUAAAUUCACUUUUUCAAUUUUC